UUACCGUUGGGCGGAUUAUUUUUAAAAGCAACAUCUCCGCGCUUGGAUAAUGGACGCCAACUUUUGUUCUCUCUUUCUCUACGAAGUAACGGUAAGAAAGCUAGCAAUGAUCGCCGGCGAAGACGACAACACCCACUACCAGAAUCAAGAUUUUCCAUUGUCGUUGUCUCUCCGUCACGUUAAUUACAGUUGUGGUUCUUGUGGGUACAACUUAAACUUGAGCUCCUGCAACCGGAACGCCUCAAUGAUUGAUGCUAAAUACAAAAAAUCGAUAAAGAGAGGUAUUAUCUCAUUCUUUACAAUUGAUGAGAGCAGAUUUAAUCAAAUUGAAGAACUCCGAUGGACGCCCUAUUUCAACCCCAAAUACCGAUGGGGCUUAUUCCAAAGAAGAACCAGACUGCUUUGCCACAAAUGCGGAAAACACAUUGGUAAUGCUUACAAGGAAAGUACUUCUUCCUCAUCUCUCGAGUUGGGUAAGUCACACUUGAUUCCUUGGGAUGGAAUGUCUGAUGGUAGAACCUAUGAUAUGAAAAUUCGUGCUUUACAGCCUUCUUACUGCGAGGACUUGAGAAUAUGCUGAUGAUGCUUCAAUGUUGAUUACUAUUGUUCAAGGAUACCAUGGUUAAGCCAUCAUAAAAAGCUUGAAAAGGUUGUGAAUUCAAGUGAGAGAUUUUGUUUUUCUUUUUCUUUUAAAGAAAUGUGCUUGUGUCGUAACAUGAAAGAGUGUUUGUGGAUUCAUUUGGUUCUGGCUUUUGUUUAUGCAGUUCAUCCUUAAAUUUACUUGAUUAGUUGAUUUA